AUGGCGCAUGCCACUUCGUCGCAGGCUACGUCCUCAUCCUCGACGAAGGCCUCGCUACUGCUCUCUGAUUCCUCUUACGGAUCCUCACCUGCAGCUGCGAGGGCGUCCGUCUCACACUAUGCUUCGGCAGAUGGUCGCAGGCUUGUCACAGCCAUAGCAAGCGGAGACCAGAUCUGUCUCCUAGACGGCAAUUUCGACAUUCUAUAUACGCUUGACUUUUGGGACGCUUUUGCUGAGACCUCUGAAGUCACGGAGAGACCGGCGCAUAACAUACAAUGCCUGGCAGUCAGGCAAGGCGCGGAAGAGGGGCAGGUAUUGAUCUUCGCCUCCAUUGCAACUCGCAUCGUGGUCUGGGCAGCCUCUAAUGUUUCCUCCUCCUCAACAAAACGCUGGCGGGUACAUUCGACGCUCGACCUGCCUGCUCCAGCAACCUCCCUCGACUUCGAUUCCGGGCGUCUACUAGUGGGCUGUGGUUCAUCACUACAAAUCUGGAAUCUACAUGAUGGUCGCCUGUGGCGAGAGAGCUGGAAGGUCGCAGCUCCGCGGCCGAUCAGACUCUGCUCUUUCAGCCCGUUGGGAACAAGCUUUGCAGCAUGCAGCGAGGACGACAGAAGAGUUGUCGUGUGGCAGAUCAAGAAGGCCCUGAUCUCGAGACCAAGAAGGACUGCCGUUCUGCUUCAUGCAAGCUAUGUAGUUGAUCUGAGAUGGAGGGGCAUGCCGGAUAUCAGCAGCCAAUCGGACAUCUUGAUGACUCGCUCACAAGAUGGCGCUGCGAGAGUGUGGGCUCCCGUGAUAGAUGAGCCCUCUGCCCUCCGCCUAUCGGCUACCAUCGAUGCUGCUUCGUUUGGCAAGCGUGGCCCAGGGGCUGCAGAGACAAUCGAGCACAUCUUCUACCUGGACGCCGCCACAAUAGCAUCUGUCCUGCGAGCUAACAUCAGCCUGCUGGAGCGAGAUAUACAAAUGUCGGAAGUAGGUCUGUCGGACCUCGAUCAGCCAUCAGCCAGUCGCGAGAUCGAUGCGAAGCGUACUAGGCAUAAGCGGCUACAGCAUAUGCUCAGCGAUACUCCUGACGUAUUCAUUCGCUUUCAGGAGGAUGGGACCAUUGUGAUGAGGGCUUUAGCAAGCAUCGAUCGGAGACCGCCUACCCUCUUACAGGCAUACACCGUUCUCAAACUCUCAAACCCUCUACAUCCGAUCUCUGCUGGGGACAUUGGCAGUAUAGAAUUGUUCCCACUCAGCGUUCCCACAGGUCAAAGCAGCGAAGAGGCUCUCGGCGUAUUCUACCUGCAGAGUCGAGACGGCAAUAGAACCCUAGCGGCCAAUUUCAAUCCGUCCUUGUUCUUCGACGGGCAAGGCAUGGGUCUCGUCAAGAGGAGCUUGUCCUUGGAGUCGAGUCAUGGAGGUAAGGUCCGAGGCAUGGUCAGCACUCGUGAUAGACAAGUGCUCUCCGUAGACGAUGCCGGGUAUGUCACGCGGUGGGGGACUGCAUCAUCUGGAAAGGCAUCUCUGGGGAAGCGUACCGUGAUGACCAGCCGGCGGAGAUCGGAGUUGCCGAAAUUCCAGCGUGAUGAUCGCUUGUUGGCAGGUCACGGAGAAGGCAUCGUUGUGUGGCACUGUAGCACACAGAGUCUACUGCACUAUCGUAAUGGCAGCAGCAAGGCUGAAAAACUGGCUGGGCUUGCUGAUCAGGAAGAGCCAAUAUUCGGCGCCUUCAAUGAAGGAGACACCAUUUUGACGAUAGUGACAGCACAGCGCAUGAUUCAUCAGUGGCAUCUGACAAGCUCCUCAGGCUCCCAUGGACCUCCCACAACGUCUACCGAGCUGGAUGACGUAGGGACGCUCAAGCUCGCAUUCACUGCUAUGGGCGAAAACGCGGCAACGCACCCCUCCUUCGCGACCUUUUCCGCCGAUGGUCAAAUCACACUGUGGCAAUGCGGUCAAGACGAUGGUCUCUGGAGCCGAAUGAGUCGAUCAGUGCAGGCCAACGUGAGCGACCGCGUCAAGGGUGCUGCGACUUCAAGUGGCCUGAUAGCAAUUUUCGACCUCGCUGCCUCGGAUUUUGACACAAUACUACAAUCCUCACAAGUGGACGAUGCGGAUGAGAAUGACACAAUCGUAUCGCUCGAUUGGCUGGAGCUAGCAAACGAAUCGUUCGCCCUGGCCGUGAGUAGGCGGCAUCGCAUAGAGAUUUGGGUCCAAGCAACACGCGGACCAUACGACACCGCCAACGAGGGAGGCAAGUCAGCCUGGGCAAUUCUGGCAACAUACGACUUGACGGAGAUCACAAAGCAGGCCUUCACAGCGUGCCGAUGGGCACAGCAUCACACCCUGAUCGUCUCAACUGGUCAUCAGGUGCAUAGCCUCGGUCCACUCCUGGCUACAGCAGGCUCGACAGCCGAAUUGAGGCACGUCGCAGAGCAGCAGGCUGGACCGCUGCCUGUAUGGCAUCCAGUGCUGCUAUCACAGCUGAUCCUGCUUGGCAAGACAGAUGAGGUGACCAGCAUUGUGCUGAGGUUAGCAAGGGCUCUCGGAGAAACCUCCUUGGGAGAAACGCCGAACUUGAGUUCUCUGAACGAGAGCAGCGCAGAUCUCCUGAAUAGUGCCAAGCGCAAAAGUCUUGAGUCACGAGAGGGACAGGAAGUUCACGACUCACUCUUCAAUGCCGAAAGCAAUGGAGACGAUACUUUACGCUCGACUCUGACUUCGGACAUUGUUGACAAGCUAUGUAGCAAAUUACAGACAACGCCUAUGCCACGCAUGGCCCUCAGAGAGUCUCAGCAGCUCUCUCUUCUUGUUCGAUGCCUACUAGACAUCAGCGAGCGGAAAUUCAUCGUCGAUGCAAAUGGCUGGCGCUACCUGACAGCUCUGAGAAUGCAGCGCGAAUUGCACAAAUUGACUGCUCAGGAGAACGUGAACGGUAGCGUCAGCUCUGCUGGCAAGACGUCUGCCUCUGUCACGGCAAUGUCCCUGAUCAAUGGCUCAAGCAAUGCCUCAACUUCUGGUCUUCCGACGUUUCACCUUGCCAGCCGCGAUACUGUUUGGGCUCUUCACUCAACGACGCAGGAAGCUAUCGUAUCACGGCUCAAAGAGACCUUUGGCGAUAGGAUCACAUGGCCGAUCGCUCGCUCAACAGGAGUUUUCUACUUCCUUCCGCCUGCCUCGUCGAGCCCUCUGCUGCUGGAGUUGGCCGAGCAAGUAGCGCGGGAUCAGUACUCGCUCACGCGAGACCCUGUCUCUUGCUCUCUACUCUACUAUGCACUGGGCAAAAAGAAGCUGGUCCUAGGACUGUGGAGGCAAGCUGCAGGACAUCCUGAACAGAAGAAGAUGUUGCAGUUCUUGACGAAGGACUUCGAGGAAGAGAGGUGGAGGACUGCUGCGUGCAAGAAUGCGUUUGCGCUGCUGAGUCAAAGAAGGUUUGAGUUUGCCGCAUCAUUCUUCAUGCUUGGCGACUCGAUUCAGGACGCAGUCAACGUCUGCAUCAAGAAUCUCAACGACAUUGACUUGGCUGUCGCGCUUGUACGCAUCAAGGAAGGGCGAGAUGAUGGCCCACUCUUCGUAAAGCUCUUGAAGACAAGGCUUCUUCCGCUCGCGUUUGAUGUUCAGGAUCGCUAUCUGGCUCACUGGGCAUUCUGGCGUCUCGGGCAGCGAGAGAUGGCGGUGCGCGUGCUGUGUACCUCGAUGGAUCUUUUGCGCAGCGAGGUCAAAUCACUUCCUCCAGUAGUCAGCGAUGCACCACCCCGAGUGGCCAGAUACGAGGAUGUGACCCUUGCGGUUCUGUACUUGCAGAUGAGCAAGAAGGGCAUACCAGUCGAGCAAGAUACUCGCUUUGCAAAGCACAUGCAGAAGGUACUGAGGCGAAUGGGCUGCCAUCUUGUGGCAGAAGCCCUGCUUGCCGAAUGGGAGUACAAGCCAUAUGUAGAGGUUCAGUCUCAGCAAAUCAACAACGACACUGCUGUUGACGUUGAAAUGGUACAAGCCACUCCUGGGCAGGUGUUGCAAGAGACGAAAUCUUCGGGCACGGCCGACGGUCCGCCCUCGGACGCCCUGAACGAUGCGCUGGCGGGCUUGACUUUCACAAGCGCUGCAACUAAGUCCGAACCCGAAACAACAACCAGAGCUCCCAGUGACGAGAAGACGAAUGGAGCGGUCAAAAUACCCGACAAGACGGAUGAACGUGAAGCGGCAGAGGAGAAGAAGAAGGAGACUCGAAAGAAGCCCGGAGGGGGAGUGGCCAAUCUGAUCACUUCUGCGAAGAAUGCAGAUCAACAAGGCGCUCAAGAGUUCGACUUUGGCAGUUUUGGAUUCUGA